CUCCCGCACACGAGUCAUAUCCACCGGUUGUUUUGAUGCAGCGUCCCGCAUGCAAUGCACAUCGGUUGAAUCGACUAUACACAAGUCAUUUGAAUGAACAACCCCCACAAAGAGAGAGAAAACCGACCGUAGACCCCACCAUAGCUAUCAUCUGCACAUCUGUGUCAGAGUCUCGGUCGCUCGGCAAGUCAGGCAGAGUCAGAGAAUGGUUUGUUGCACGUGGGGCACUUUGGUAUCACACGAGGCGGUUCGGCCGUCACGUCAUCGGCCUCGCCCCGCCCGACGGCCAGCGCAUGCUCAUAGCAGUCCUGACAGUAACAGAUGUGCCCUGACAAACACAUCCACACAUCCACACAUUCAUCCAAACACAGAUAGACUGGUCGCUGUGUGUGAUCCCUCCCCUUCGUCUCACCCACCGCAUGGGAGCUUGACGGAUCGCUUCUUGUCGCCGCAGGCCAUGCAUGCCUCCUCCAUCUUCUUCUCCUCCUCCGCACGCUCCACCCGCGCCGCCUCAGCUUCCUGCCCCAGCUUGCCCAGCCGCUCUAUCUCACUCGUGAUCUUGGCCACCAGAGUUCCCAGCUCGGCCGCGCUGCCCUGGUUGAGGCGGUCGCCGGUCAGCCGAUGCCGCUCGAGCCUGGCAUUCUGGCUGCCCAGCCGCUGGUUCUCUGCCUCCAGUGAUUGGAUGCGGUUCUCGUUGGCUUGCAUGGCCUGGGCGCGCUCCUGAGUCUCGGUGAUGAGCUCUUGCAGGGAUAACCCCAGGCCCUGCACCACAGCCCGCAGGUUGCGCAGCGAGUCGUCCUUGGUCUGGAUGGCGGCCCCCAUGUUCCUGAUAGAUAGAUACAUCCAUCGGCAUCUAUGACUGACUGACUGACUGACUGACUGCCCGCCCGCCGAUGUCUUUGUGUGUGGAGAGGUGUGUACCGGACGUUCUCCUCCAGCAGGACGAUGCGCUGCUGGCUCUCCUCGACGUUCUCCUCUAGCAGGACGAUGCGCUGCUGGCUCUCCUCGACGCCGCGGCUGGCCUGAACGGAACAGAUCCGCGAUGACCCAUGCAGUCUUUCCUCCCUCCCUCGCCUCCUCUCCCUCGGUUGGCGCUACUUACCGAUUCGAGUGCAGCGGCGGCCUUGAGGUAGCGGAGCUCGCACAAACUGGUCGACUCGAUGAGGCUUUGCUGUGCCUUCCGCACAGAUGUCACGCUGUGCACGUCCAUCCAGUCGAUGAUGUCUACGGUGCUCAACUGCAGGCCGCUCAGGCGCUCCUUGAGCUGCGAAAACGAAAACUGACACGCUAGCAGACAGGGAAAGGACAAUACAUGGAUGGACGUAUUGGUGUGACUGCAAGUGCGGACGAACCAUGGUUUGCCGUGUUCCGGGAUGCGAUGUCGAACAGGCCGAUGAGGGGCUCGCAUCUGUUGUCCGUGUACUCGAAUGACGUUAUCUGCAUGAUCUGCAAACACGGAACCAAGACCCACACACAGCAAGCGGAGAUGGAUGGAUGGUCAGUCACAUAGAUCUAUCUGCUUCGAUCUCUCGCCAUGCGCACGCAUAACACACACCAUCUUGAGUCCGUCGUCGUAUGCUUUCGCCAGCCGCUCCCCGUUGUCAACACUACGACUUGACGCCAGCUCCUGCAGGACGCGACACACACAUGCCGCCUAGCUAUCAGUCGGUCUGUCCUCCUCUCCCCACCUCGGCAGGUUCCAUCGUGAUGCGGUCACCGACACUGCUGGGAAGAGCACCCUGAGCAUGGCCACGUCGACGAAGGCAAGCAGCGUAGAGCCGUUCUUGAUCUGGUAGUGCUGGAGUGUCUUGGUGUGAUCCAGCUGACCGAUGGCACUCACCCAAAGGAGACAGACGGUCAGCUUCUCAUUGCUCUGACAUACACAUGCGACGUACCCUUCGGCCGUGAUGCUUCAAGUACAGUGGAACAGAUGCCGUUCCCCCGCUGCAGAAGUACUUGCGCAGCACGUGACUGACCUGCACACAACACGCACACACGCACGCACGAACGAAAGAGCGAAAGAACCAAGGAAUGGCGAAAGGGAAACAAGAGCGUGCUUCACCGUGGCGUCGUCGUCUAUGUGAAUCUCGAUGGCGCGAGGGCCGGACAGAUCAGCACACAAGACGAAGAGGCGCAUGAUGCCAGCCAAUAGGCAGCAGAUCCGGCAACUGGCAAUGCACAGCAUACAGCCACGACCCUUCAUCCAUCCAUCCAAAAAUCUUCAACUUCCAAAGGAAUCACUCACCUGAACGAGGGAAUGCCUGCAGCCUGCAGCCUGCAGCGGCCUUCAGCAGCCACGGCCUGUUCACGACCCCCCCAAAAGCACCCAGCUGGGGGGAGUGCUCUAGGCUACUUUUUUUCCGCCCGUUCGUUCGUCGGAUCGGUUCUUCCGGGGUUGCCAAUCGACCGAGCAAAAAAUCAGCCAAACGCACAUGGAAAAGACGCCAGGAAAGCGCAUGCAGCCCCCCCACCCCCCAGUGUGAAGGCCCCUCACGCACAACGGCGAACAGAGCUCGGGUGGUUGCUCGGGUGAGAAACACACAGCAUGGCGAUAGAAAGCAGACUUACCUCGUCAUUCUUCUCAUGGAUGUGUGCCAGAUCAAUAGCCAGAGACG